AUGCGCUCAAAGUCGCCACAGAAGCGUGGAAGGCAAAAAAUUGUCCGGCCGCCGACAUACAGAGUCGAAAACGAGUACAAUCCGGAAGCAAUGCCUCAGUAUUUUCAGAUAUCAGUGAAUGUACUGGAAGGAAGACGGUUAGCAUGGACGAAUCCGCAUGCGGCAAAUUCCUUUGUUCUCAUUGUUCUUGGCAAGAAGAAACAUAGAACGAGCGUAAGAAGAAAUAUGGAGGAACCAUGUUAUAGAGAAAGCUUUGUUUAUGAUUUAUAUACAACUGUAAAUGACCUGAAGCAGACAGCAUUGUGGCUAGCGAUAAUGGAACCGAGAUUCUGUGCACCGCCACGAUUGUUAGGAGAAGCCAGUAUCGACUUAGGAGAAAUUUGGUCUCAGCCUCAUCAUCAAUCCUUUCAUAAAUGGGCGCAAUUACUUCAUCCCCGUGAUUGGGCUGCUCAGCCGGUCGGUUUUCUUCAAGUUGACGUGUCAAUUAUUUCCAAAGCAGAGGAGCAAAACCUAAUGCCAAUAAUUGGAAAAGAUAAAUUAGAAGACAAACUGCUUCUCCACUCUGACGCUCAACAGCAGUGCGCCAAUUAUGUUAUCACAGUGCAUGCAGCUUUAGGUCUACCUAAUAGCACCCACGAUGAAAUAGGCAAGCGUAUUGGGAACCCUCCCAAUACUUUCGUAAAAGUUUCCUUUUGUGGCCUUGUGGCCAAAACUGGAAUAAUUCGUCGUAAUAAUAAUCCGAAAUAUAGCGAACAAAUAUCUAUAGUAGAAAUGUUUCCUAACAUGUGCCAAGCCAUACGUUUCGAAGUUUACUCUGUCGAAAGGUGCUUUCAUCGAGUUAUAUCCUGCACCCAAUUGAAACUCGGCCAAGUAUCACAUGACGGAGAGAAUGGGUUUGUACCAACGUUUGGACCAUCCAUGAUCCAAAUGUAUGGUACAACGUGUGGUGACUCGUCGACUGUGAUGGGUCAGGAGAGUCCAUAUCAUCGUGGAGCUUUGGUUGUGACUCUUAAAAUUAUAGUGCCGUAUAGUCAGCGAGGAAUCAGAACUAUAGCAGUCGAACCAGUCCCACGUAUCAAUUUAGAAAACAUUUGGUCUUAUGAAGACGUUUGUAUUUUGUGCCCAAUAUUCGAAGUUUCUAUGUUAGAUCGCAAAAUAGUGGGUAGAUUUUGUGGUAUUGCGAUAACAGUUGGGGAUUUGCCGAGUGACGAAAGACCAGGCACAGAAGAUAACAUUGCAUUUAAAAUGCUUUUCUUCUUUGUAGAAACUCGUAAACUGCAUAACACAGGAAACCUAGAAGUUCAUAAACAUAAAAGUGUAUACGGCUAUGUUGAUUUUUGUAAUUCUUUUCCUGUCCUACAAUAUGCUACUCGACUUCCAGAUUUCAGAUGUAGGAUGUAUAGAAAUAAUAUGAUUUAUGGAAUUCAGAACGAAUUGGUAAAAUCACUAAAUGAAAUCCAAAAAAAGUUGAAAACUUUUGAUUAUUGCUAUCUAAGUGACCUCGAGGAUGAACUACAUAAAGCAAUAGACGAGACGGCUGGAAGUAUUCUUAAGUUCAUUGACAUAGUACAAUCCACGAUUAUAUCUACCCCUUGCAAUACUGUUAUUCAGUACAACACCGAAUUAGAUCUUAAACAAAUGGAGUUACAGAUGGAAGAACUAGAAAAGAUACAUCAACAGAUUACAUACAAGUCUAAAUGUUAUUCAAUGUAUAAAAUUCAGGAAUUUAGAGACGUUCCCAGUAGUUCCAAAAAAGUUGUCAAAGCCUUAAUAAACGAAGCCAAGAGUGUGGCGCAACAUUUAAACAGUUUGGUUUACAAAAGUUCAGAAGGCUGGCCAGAUAUCGUGGUUUGGCUUCUUAAUAAUGGCUCACGAGUGGCCUUCGCAAAAAUAUCCGCUGCUGAUAUUGUCCACUCCGUCAUAUCAGAACAAAAGGGAGAGUAUUGUGGCCGAAUACAAACCCUUUGCUUAAAGCCGUUGAAAUGUCCAAAGCAUAUGAAUUCCCCGUUAUUGAGUUGUUACUGCGUUGCGGGAAAAGUAGAACUUCUAAUGUGGAUGGGGCUUCAUCGCCAAUCGUCUGAUUUUGAAUUCUCUAUACCUCGUGGAUAUAAACUAAGAAUGAAGAAAUACAAUAUGUUCAUUAAAUCUAAUAUUAUGCUGGUCGAGUGUAGAGCAUUUAUAUACAAAGCUAAGUUAAAUUAUGAAGUCCAUGGCAAUAUUCGUAAACCAACCUUUGUAAGAAUAAACGCGCUUAAUUCUGUGAAGGACACAGAGGUAUAUUUAUCAGCACUGUCGCCGGUUUGGAACCAGGUUAUUAAGAUCAAGCAAAUUGUUUUUAUGAGCCAACACCGUCUCCUCGAAAGUCCUCCUAUUGUUUUUGUUGAAAUAAACAAUAACGAACUAUCUGGUAAAACGGAAUUGUUAGGAAGGAUAAAAAUUUAUCCCCAAGUAACUGAUGAACCGAGCUAUGAUAAUGCACCCAGCCUCCAGUGGUAUGAUUUCUAUCGAGGUACCGAAUUCGGCGGACAAGUUCUGAUGUCAGUACAAUUGUUACAGAUACCUGAGAGAUUACUUAGGUCUACGGAAUACACUUCAGAGGAAGAAAUUUUCGAAGCGAACACUGCCGACGACACCGAGAUUUUUGAAGGAAUUGAAACUCUUCCAAUAAAUCUUCUUCCAAAAUCUUCUUCUUAUAAAGUCGACGUUUAUUGGUGGGGACUUCGGGAUAUCGAUUCGAUGCGAAAACCCUGUAUUGUAAUGGAAAUUGAAGAUCUCAGUAUAAAAUCUGAAAUAAUUACAGAGAAGGCUCACAACUGUAAUUUUUCUAAAGGUCGAACCACGCAGGUUUUUGAGGCCUAUUUAAACGAAGCUUAUUGUCUGCCAUUAAGAAUAAAAUUGUACGAUGCCAGCACUUUCGGGAGAUCGCUAUAUAUAGGAACUAAUACUGUAAAAAACUUCAGUAAAUAUAUGAUUAAAUGGCUACCCGAGGAUGAGAGGGAAGCUUCUCUAAAGUGUAUUUCUAUUAUGUCAUCAGAUUUUAUUCAAGACGCCUAUGGUAGUAAAAUAUCUAUGAGGAGUUUAAGUACCACUAAAACGGCGCGCAGAAAAUGGUAUAAUAUAUUCAAAAAUAAAGAAGUGGAUGAGGAGAAAUAUACUCUUUUACCCGUCUUUAUGGAUAAACUUGAGAAUAACUUGGCAGCAAAGACCUCAAAUACGAAACCGAAGGACUGGUGGUUUCGAUAUUUAUGUUCGCAAAAAGAUUACAUUGACGAAGAUUCUACCACAUUGAACACAUUUCAUAAACUGAUCAUAUACGAGACAGAAGUUGAGACUCAGCCAGAAUUUUCCAAGUUUAAAGAUUGGUGCGCUACACUGAAACUUUAUAAUGGAAAGAAAACAGGUAUUCCAGAUAAGGACGAGAAGCUUUACUGCGGUUUCUUAAAGGCGGGAUUUGCGAUAUAUAAGUGGCCCCCGCCAACUAACACGAUCGCUGUUACUCCCAGCGGAAUUGACUUAAAUAAAGGAUUUUUUAACGAUCAUCCCCAUAAUAAUCCUGCUGAAUUUCUCGUCCGUGUUUACAUUGUGAAAGGACUUAAUCUCAAAUCUAAAGAGUUCACUGGGCAAUCUAAUCCUUACGUUGUGUUAAAUUGUGGAAACAAACAUAUAGCUGAUCGAAACAAUUACGUCCCGAACUCAGUUAAUCCAAUAUUUGGAAAAAUGCACGAAGUUCAUUGUUGUCUGCCUGAUGACUAUCUUUUGGCAGUUUCGUUAUAUGACUACGGAAUAAACUCGCCUGAUAAAUUAAUUGGUAUAACAACAAUUGACCUAGAAGAUCGCAUAUAUUCUAAACACAGAGCUCGAGUUGGUUUACCUUUAGAUUACAGCCUAAACGAACCUUUCAAAUGGCGGGAUUGUUUAAAACCUUCAGACAUUCUCGAAGAAAUUUGUUCAAAGAACCAUCUUCCGCCUCCAAGAUUCAUAAACAGUAAUACCUUGUUAGUCAAUGGUGUAGAAUAUAGAAACAAUGAGAAAGACGCUACUUUUUCAUCAGCCGCUCUACAAAGAGAAAAGCUUUGUUUGAGUAUUCUACAUAAAUGGCAUACGUUACCAAUUUGUGGGUAUCACCUUGUUCCCGAACACGUUGAAACGAGGACAUUAUAUGACCCAAAUAAACCGGGAAUCGAACAGGGUAAAGUUAUAUUAUGGGUAGAUAUUUUUCCUUUGGAAACGGGUGUUUAUAUCCCACCCCCCAUUAAAAUUACCCCCAGAGAGGCUGAAGAUUACGAACUCAGACUAACUGUUUACAAUGUUCGAAUCAAAAUGAGUGACUUAGAUAACUUAGGAAGACAAGUCUCUGACAUUUACGUGAGAGCAUGGAUCGGUUCUUCAAAUCUAUAUCAAAAUACAGAUGUUCAUUAUCAAUGUUUCGAAGGGAAAGGUAAUUUCAAUUGGAGAAUGAUUUUCCAUUUCAAAUACGAACACGCAGACAGGAAGCUUGUUAACAAAGAGAGAGGUAUCUUUACUGAAAGUGGCGACAACGUACCGCCUGUACUUGUUGUUCAGGUCUUAGACAACGAUGAUUUAAAUCAAACCGAGGAUUUAGGGAAACUUAUGCUAAAUCUGAACUCUUUGACUUGUGGAGAGAAACAAGCUCAGGACUGUUCCUUAGAGUCCUUGAAUAACAAUAAAAAAAUUGAUUUGUUCUAUACCGAAUCUAUAAAAUCCUGGUGGCCUUUAGCUACAGUUGAUGAGAGUUCUGGAGCAUUAAUUUUUAGGGUAUGA